AUGUCCCAGCCCCAAGGCCCAGGUGCACAGGUCUAUGUGAGACUGAGGCUGAGCCAGGACAAAACAGAGCAUUACAACCACCAGCUUAGCAAGCAUUGCGUGGUAAAUCGUAACAGUGCUACAGGAAUAGAGAUGCAUCUGAAAGCCGAGAGUGCAGCAUUAAAACUCUCCAGUACCCCAGCUCCCACCAUAAUAGAGCAUCCAAAGAGGAAUUUGAAGCCUGUACAGGACUCUUUCACAGGACUGGUUAACAUCUUGACAGAUAUCAUUGGGAGAUUCACUGGAGACUUCAUGGCACCUGAUCUGGUUUGCCGAGUAGUCCGCUAUUUGCAGGUUGUGCUGCUCUAUGCCUCUACCUAUGUCCUGGUGUCCCUCCGCAUAGACAGGUACCAUGCCAUCAUCUACCCCAUGAAGUCCCUGCAAGGAGAAAAGCAGGCCAAGGUCCUCAGCGUGAUUGCCUGGAGCUUCUCUUUCCUAUUCUCCAUUCCCACCCUUAUCAUAUUUGGGAAAAGGAAACUCUCUAAUGGUGAAGUGCAGUGCUGGGCCCUGUGACCCGACGACUCCUACCAGACCCCAUACAUGACCAUCGUGGCCUUCCUGGUGUACUUCAUCCCCCUGACAAUCAUCAGUGUCAUCUAUGCCAUUGUGAUCAGAAUGAUUUGGGUCAAAAGCAAAGCCCAUGAGACAGCGAUUUCCAGCUGCUCAGGUAAGUCUCUCAUCUGCAUUACCCAACUCUUAGCUAAUUUUGCUUCUGUACAGGUUUUCCUCUAGCAAAUGUGAGCUUGGGUUUUAUAACAAGCCUGCUCUGUUAUAUCAAGGCCCAGCUGGCAGGUCAGACCCCCAAAGGCUGUCCCCGGCAGGCUCUGCUUUCUCCACGUGGCUUCCCUAAAAACUGAGGAAGGAGGACUUUGGGCCUGGCCAAGUUGUGCCAGCAGAGUCCUUCGGAGCAGCCUUUGAGCCAGGAUCUGAGGGUCACCCUAGUCUGGCAGGUCUGGCAGAGAGGCCUCCUGGAGGACUCUGGGAUGAAAAGAGAGGACAGUGCAGGGAGGAAGCCGCAUAUUCAGCAAAACAUGAGGACAAACAUUUCUACUUGGCUUACAUUCUACAAGAAAACUGCUGUCUAUCCACAGAACAGUCCUGGACCCUAGGACAGUCAAGGCAUGGUUCAUACCUUCCCCACUGUCCACCGCACAGCAGAAUGAGCCCGAGGCUGCCAGCUACAACCCUUCCCCAAAUCCCGCUUCAGCAAACCUUAAUGCUGAGCACCGCCUACACAAUAGGUGCUGA